AUGGCACGAUUACGGCGAGCCUCAGGCGACGGCGGCGACUCUCUUCCCAGGCGGACCCAGCAGCGAAAGCCCGCAGAACCAGCGGAGACGACCAGGCCAAAGACCGCAAGAAGAAGACAGCCAGCGAGAUACAUCAUCUCUGACGAUUCAAGUGCUGAGGAGUCAGAAGCGCCCGCGAAAUUCGUACAGAAGACGAAGUCGGUCAGCACAGCAACAAAAACACAAGUCCGUUUGGGACCACCGAAGAGCCUCUCUCAGAGCAGCCUGGCCGCAUCAAAGGAAGCACUCGCUACGAGCACAACGGAGUUCGCAUUGGAAGAAAAGCCAGCACGGAAGCCUAGACGGGCUAUAUUAUCACCGGUGAAGCAGAAACAGCCUCGAUUACCGUCUCCACCACCUAAUCCCGAGCCGGAGCUUUCCGAUAACGAGGGCGAAGUGGACAUCGAGGAAAGUAUCUGGUGUGGCACAAUCGACGACAGUAGCAGCUCAUCUGGAGAGGAUUUGCUCAGUCCGCGACAGCUCUUCGGGUUUCCGCGCAAAGUCUCGCAAGACGCGAAGAAAGCGCUCUCGCCAGCAAAGCAACCAGAUCUAACGAAAAGGCUGCAAGCAUUGAGCAUCUUCGACGACGAGCCCGUACUCUCGAAGAGAUCUCGGACAGAUCUUGAGGAAUCGAGACCCGAAUCGCGACCUGGCACCUCAUCAGACAAGGAAAAUGACAUGGGAAUCAUCCGCUUUUCACCACCGCGAUUGAAGAGCCCGCAGAAGAAGGCCCCCAUCGAGCGACCAGCCACUCCUCCUCAUCCACCACCUUCUCCAUCCAAGUUGAAGUCGCCCUCAAAGAGACCACCUCGCAUCCCUACACCACCUCUUCGACCCAGUCUAGACGCAUUCUGGACAGCCGAAGCCAUUAACGACUGGAACGAUCAGUACUCGCCUCAGAAGCCGCUCAAAUCACCUCGAAAACUGAACCUCAACCCAAACCCCGAAGAUGUCUCACCGUCCACCUCACCGCGCAAGACAAGCCCAACAAAACGCACCAAAGCCGAAAUCGAAGCCCGCAAGAACUUCGACAUUCGCAAGAUCACCCUCGCAGAAUCCUUCCUCACUGAGCUAGACCAAACAGUCGCACAGGGACAGAUUCAGGCUCUGGCAGCUUCUACAGGCGGAGUCAGAAUCAUCUGGUCCAAAACCCUAAACAGCACAGCCGGCCGCGCAAACUGGCGUCGCGAAACAGCAAAGGUCACCAACCAGUCGAGCCAACAGACAGUCACCACGCACAAGCAUUUCGCUUCCAUCGAACUCGCCUCCAAAGUAAUAGACGACGAACACCGCCUUCUGAACGUCAUCGCGCACGAAUUCUGCCAUCUCUGCAAUUUCAUGAUCAGCGGGAUCAAAGACCAACCGCAUGGGAAACAAUUCAAAAUCUGGGGAGCGGCAUGUACCAGAGCUUUCGGAGAGAAGGGAGUGGAGGUGACGACGAAGCACUCAUAUGAGAUUGAAUACAAGUACAUUUGGAAGUGUGUGGAUCAAGGACUUUGCGGCAUGGAAUUCAAGAGGCAUUCGAAGAGUAUUGAUCCGGUGAAGCAUCGAUGUGGUGGGUGUAAGAGUAAGCUGGUGCAGAUCAAGCCCGUACCGAGGAAGGUGGCCGGUGGGGAGAGGAGCGCUGCUGGGACGUCGGUGAUAGGAGGGAAGGGAGGCAUGCCUGCUGUUGCAGGAUAUACGGCGUUCGUCAAGGCGCAUUUUGCGGCGGUGAAGAAGAGUUUGCCUGGAGCGAGUCAUAAGGAGGUCAUGGAGGCGCUCGGAAAGAAGUAUCGGGCUGAGAAAGCUGGCGGGGCCGGUGGCAAAGAGACUGACGGUGUCGAUGGCAUCGCGAAGGAUCUUGAAGCUGUGGAUUUGCAAGAUCGAGAGGUCAUUGAGUUAGACUGA